AAGGAGUUAUGCUAUGGAAUUCUAUAGCACCACGAAUUUCAUCUUCUAAGAUAAUACAAAAUAAAUACAGUAGCAGGUAAAAAAAGGAAAUGCAUAAAAAAAUGAAAACCGUGUUACAUGCGCGUAUAGGCUAAUCUCAUGCCUACUUCACCAGCAGCAAAUGCUAUUUCUCUUCUUGUGGGUCAGUUUGCCUUUUGUUUUUCUUUUUUGAUUCGGCUAUUUCUAGUCCCUUCCAGCCAAUUUCAGCUCAAACCUUAAAAAUCUCCUCUUCUUUCUCUUUCUAUAUCAAAACUCGUGGUUCUGUUUAGCUCUCUUUCUAUAGUCUAAAACCGGGGUUCUGAAAAUUCACCUCAACUGUACGUGUAACAGCUUUCAAAGCAUAAAUAGGGAACGGUUUGGAGAAAGAUUUUGUGGAGCUUCUGGAGAGAAGCUGCUGUUUAUGCAACUCUGGCCGACACUGUUGUGAUAUUUGCUCGAACCAGAGCAGAAAGUGGUUCUCUGUUUUCUGGUUUUCAAUCUUUAUCAUCACCAUUUACACCAUCCUUUACCAUCCGAUCAUUGCUUUGGCACCUUCCAAUUGAUUAUGGCUAAAAUUUUGAUUGAACCAUAUUGUGUGUAAUCAUACUUUUUCCACCUUGAUUAGCAUCUGUUAGAGAUGUGAGCGUUAGUAGUAUAAAUAUAACUCUUCGAGAAUAGAAGAAGAGCCAAAAGAGAAAAAGAAAAGUAGAAAGAUAAAAACAAGAGUGCCUGUUGAGACUUUCUUCGGAGGAAUCUCAUUUAGCCAGUUCUUCAAAAUGGCGAGGUUCAUCCGCUGCUUUAAGCUGUCUGGGGAGAAGAAGGCAAAGAAGGUUGUUAAGGAAUCAGCAGGAGCUGUUGAGUUCAACAAGGGGCGCAAAACCUUGAAAAUUAGGCUUGAACAUCCAGUAAAACCUUUUGAGGGUGAUGAGUUAAAUACCACAUCUUUUAGUGUGUCAGUAGACUCUGUACCUUCGGGUACUCCGAAGGAUUCUUCGAGUGUCAAGGUGAUGAGCCAUGAGAGUCUUGUAGGGAAUGAAGCAUCAGAAAUUGCAUAUGAAGGGGAAGAUGAGCAAGAAGAGAAUGCCUCGAUGAAGAGGGAAUUGUCUGAUUUUGAUCUUCAAGCCCAUACACCUAAUUCAAGUGAACAAUUUAUUCCAGGAAGUAUAAAUUCCAGUUAUUCUGAUUUAUUAGAUAUCAAGGAUAAUGAUCCACUUGGAGACAAAGCUGAGAAAGAUAAUGAAAAGGAUACUGAUGAGAUACAAACUGGACAUGUUAGUGAUCCUGGGAUUGGAAAGGCGAAGUUCUGGGGCUCACCUAAGCUUAAGCGAUCCUGCUCUAAUCUGGAAACUAGCAAAGUGCUUAGUGAAAAAGCCUAUCAAUCAACUCCUUCAAAAUUCCAGUUUUCUGGGGAGUCACUCGAAUUAGAUGUGAAAUUGAGGAAUCCUGGCAGCCCUUCAUCUGUAACUAGUCAUCAAACUGCUGACAGAGUGAUGUUAAAGAAGCAUUCUUCGAGUCAAAUUCUACCAUCAAGGAGUAGAAAGCUAUGGUGGAAAUUGUUUCUGUGGAGCCACAGAAAUAUGCAUAGACCAGAACAACCAAAGCCACAAGUUGUUACUGUAUUGAACCAGCAAUGUGGAUACACCUCAGAUACAGUUGAGCCAAGUAGGGCUCUGGCGAUGAGCAACACGCAAUCACCUAGGUCAUUUACUGGAGAAUCUUUGAGCAAAGGUUGUAAGAACAACAAUGAAGAUGACAAUCAGAGCUGGGAUGGUUUUCAUGGUGAGGUUUCUGGUAUUUGGCCCCAAAAACAAUGGGUUGCAUUCUCAAUGGAAACAUCCCCCUUCGCAAGAGUGGAUGAGUGGGUAAAAGAUCUUGACACCCAAGCACCACCUAAUAGUGAUGGUAAUGGUGCCGGUACCAGUGGUGAGGGCAUUGUCUUCCCACCUUCUCCUGAGGCUGGCAGAUCACCAGCAAGAGGCACUAGCAACUUGACUCGACGUCCUGACAUAAAUCUCUCAGAGGAGAUUUUACAUGCCAAUGCUGUGAUCCAGUCGCUGGAUGCUUCCUCAACUGUGGCUCACAUCUCGGGUAUUGGCUUAAAAGCCAUUCCUACCAUAUCGUGCUUCACCAGCCUUCGAUCUGUUAACUUGUCAAAUAAUUUCAUAGUCUCUAUUAGCCCAGGAUCAUUGCCUAAGGGCCUUCACACGCUCAAUUUGUCAAGAAACAAAAUCAGUUCUAUUGAAGGACUCAGAGAAUUAACCCGAUUGCGAGUACUUAAUCUUAGUUACAAUCGCAUUUCUCGAAUUGGACAAGGGCUGUCAAACUGUACAAUGAUCAAAGAACUGUAUCUUGCUGGGAACAAAAUUAGUGAUGUGGAGGGAUUGCACAGGCUCCUGAAGCUUACAGUCAUAGAUUUGAGCUUUAAUAAGAUAACAACAACAAAAGCUCUGGGGCAGCUUGUUGCUAAUUACAACUCAUUGCAAGCUUUGAAUCUGCUGGGAAAUCCAAUUCAGAGCAAUGUCAGCGAGGACCAGCUUCGCAAAGCACUUUGUAGUCUUCUUACAAAGCUUGUGUACCUCAACAAGCAGCCUGUCAAACCACAGAGAGCAAGAGAGGUUCUUACAGAUAGUGUUGCCAAAGCAGCUCUCGGGACCAGCAGCGGUUGGAGCUCUCGCAGAAGAGCAGCAAAGAGAGUAACCCCUGGUGGUUCAACCUCCUCGAGCUUGCACAGGGGCAGUGUUGGUGCUAAACAGAAAGGCAAGAGCAGGUCAAAGAGCCGCAUCCAUCACCUAAAGACAGCCUCGGCCUCAUCAGCGCGUGCUUCUUCCUCUCGUUAAAUUUUUUACCUUCCGUGAUAACUCGAAGUGUAUUUUAAUUAUCAUCCGAAAUCUGCGUCCAAGCUGGACAUUGUUUUUUCUUUUACUUUCUGGAUUCGUCAAGAGUGCUCUUGUUUUUUGCCUCUUUUUCUGUAUGUGGACCUGCGGUCUUUGGUAAUUAAGUUUUUUGUGGUCCUUAAUUGUGUGAUGGAAUGCUAAAGAAACUUCUGUA